AUGACUAACCCCUUAUAUUCUGGUCCUAAACUUAUCAACAUCAACAUGACCAUCACCUUAUAUUCUGGUCCUAAACUUACAAACAUAGACAUGAUCAACCCCUUAUAUUCUGGUCCUAAACUUACAAACAUCGACAUGACCAACACCUUAUAUUCUGGUUCUAAACUUACAAACAUCGACAUGACCAACACCUUAUAUUCUGGUUCUAAACUUACAAACAUCGACAUGACCAACACCUUAUAUUCUGGUUCUAAACUUACAAACAUCGACAUGACCAACACCUUAUAUUCUGGUUCUAAACUUACAAACAUCGACAUGACCAACACCUUAUAUUCUGGUCCUAAACUUACAAACAUAGACAUGAUCAACACCUUAUAUUCUGGUCCUAAACUUACAAACAUCGAUAUGACCAACACCUUAUAUUCUGGUCCUAAACUUAUCAACAUCAACAUUACCAACACCUUAUAUUCUGGUCCUAAACUUACAACCAUCGAUAUGACCAACACCUUAUAUUCUGGUCCUAAACUUAAAAACAUCAACAUGACCAACACCUUAUAUUCUGGUCCCAAACUUACAAACAUCAACAUGACCAACACCUUAUAUUCUGGUCCUAAACUUACAAACACCAACAUGACCAACACCUUAUAUUCUGGUCCUUAA